CCUUGAAUGGGAGAAUUAGGCCUAUAUCAAAAUAGAAAUAAAUAAAGUAAAUAAAUGAGACUUUAGCUUACUGGUGUCACAACAACAGACGAGCAAAACAAACAUUUUCAUUUCAGGUCUGUAAACAACAGUAACUGACAAAGAGUCCUUACCUUUUCUCAUGUUUGUUUAUGGAUACUCAGCUGUUUCCCCAUUGUGUGUUGGUUUACCGCGGAGUCGCGGACGGGUGAUUGGCUGUACCGAGCGCGAGAUGCUCGCCGGUGUUACGGCUGAACAUUCGCCGCUCAUCGACCCGAGGCAGUGUUACCAUUAUUGAUUAUAGCCGGAAUGAUGGUAGUCACGUCCUCAUUACCAUUACCGUAUGUAUUUAACCGUCUUAAUAAUUGUUUUUUUCACUUUUACUUUGUUACUAUUCGGCUAGCUGGCUAAUGAUAACUUGAACAUCUAUUUACACCAAUGAGAGCAAAUUUACACUUAUCUCCUACCUGCUUUUUUUGUGUGGUAAUUUGCUGUUAGAACCAAUAGAUUUCGGUUUGUUUUCCAACCAUUUCACUAUGUUUCCAACUUGGCUAGUGUGGACUACCUGUAUUUUCUAAUCCAUCUUUAAUAGGCUACUUAAAAUAUACACCAUACUGGACUUUUAGGCCUGGCGACGGGUCAAAUGAGGCCAGAUGUGCUGCUAGGCUUGUGAUGCACUUGCGGUAAAAAGCUUUAGAGUCACACUGUUGUAAAAUGCAGAGAUUGUUUUUUUUUUGCGUGUAGAUUCUGCAGAUGAGUGCAGAAACAAACUCUGCACAUAGACCUCAUCAUUGUGCACAGUAAAUAAGCCAUGAUCAGCUCUUCUAACUAGUAGGCUAUGGAUGCUGGCUGUAAGGCUGCAGUACAUGCCCCAGCUAUUUAGAAUCACUUUCCUUAAACACCACCAUGUGACCAUUUUUACAUGCAGGAGAUGCUCUCAGAAUUCAUCAAAUAAUCCCAAACUACCUCCUAGGCUCUUCCACUGUCCCUUUGCCUUUGAAGUCUUGAGUGAAGUUAUGGUGUCUCAAUUACAUGCAAUGGCGCAGGAUUAAGCUUAUGCCAAAGCAAGAUCUAUUUCUGAAAUUCAGAAGCAUGUUUUCUGAAGCCCUGACUUGGUUAAAACAGCUUACUGACCUUGAGGAUUCAUCAGUAUGUAGUUUUUCCACUUGUGAUCACAGGGGGAUUUCAAUACGGUGACUGAAGUGGAAUAUUUUUUCUGCAUGGCUACAUAUGCAGAGACAUUCCCCCAUGAGAUUCUCUUUGAUGACAGAAUAGCAGACUGCACAGAUGUGUGUUAGUGUGUGAUACACUUUACUUACAUUUAAAGAUGUGUGUUAGGUAUUUAUGAGGGUUAUUAAUGUAUCCGCUGUUCAGUUAAUGGAUUAGCAUGCGAUGCAUCCACAUACAUGAAUUGUAUUAGGGGCUCAUACUAAUAGCUUUGAUAGCACAGUGUACUUUGUAGUCUUUAUCUUUCCCUCCAUCAGCAAGCAGUGAUUUACUUUGUUAAGGUGUGACCUCAUCCUCCUGGCUCCCUAAUACCCCACCUCCCCCUCUGAGCAAGAGCAGGCAACCCUGUUAUCACCCACGCAUACACGCAAACACACACACACACGCACACACACACACACACACACACACACACACACACACACACACACUUAUAAAUACACGUACACACACUUGUAAAUUCACAUACACACAGUGCAGCAAAAAAGGGGACUGGGGUAGGGCUUGGGAGAUUUUCACAUUUUAUUUUCAGAGUAUAUAUGUCUAUCUCAGUGUGUGUAUGUGUGCUCAGACUUGCAAAAAGGCAGAGAGAGUGUGUGUGUGAGAGAGAGAGAGAGAGAGAGAGAAACAGGGGAGGCGAAGGGGAGGGAGUGUGGAUCAUGCAUGUGCAUUAACUCAGCUCCAGCGGCACAGCAGCAGCAGCAGCAGCAGCAGCAGCAAACAGAAACAGCAGCAGCACAGGAGGGAAAGAGAGAGAGAGAGAGAGGGAGAGAAAAAGACAGAGGAGAGUUGGAGGGAGGGUAGUAGUCUCAGGCACAGGAACAAAAGCUGCAGAGGACUGCUUUCCAUCUCCACUAAAAGAACAACGGAGGAGUAAUAGCUGGAGGAGGGGCCGGUCAUGAUAGUAGUGAGACAAUAACGGUGGAGAAGAGGCACAUCAGUAGUCAGAGAGGACUGAAAACAGGGCGCUUCUCUUCUCUGCUCUCCAUGUUUUGGGGGGCUUCACGUACCAUUACCUUCGUCUCCAAACCCAGAGGAGGAUGUCUGUGUCGGGGAAGAAGGAAUUUGACGUGAAGCAGAUCCUCAGGCUCCGCUGGCGCUGGUUCAGCCAUUCGUCCCAAGGUUCAUCUGGCGGCGGAGGUGGCGGCGGUGGCGGGGUGGGAGGCUACAUCCAGCAGGAUGGCCUGGAUCACAGAGGAACGCCUGUCCAGGGCCGGCUGAAGAGUCACUCUCGGGAAAGAGGUGUUGGAGGACUACGGAAGACCAGCAGUCCAGUCCACAGCAUCUUAGCACCUACACCAGGGCCCACACCUGUCUGUGUCAGAGCCGGUCAUCAAUCAUGGCACCAUCAGCAGAACACCAUCCAGGGUCUCCAGGUCAACGAGGAAUCUUCAAAGAGCAGCUCCUCGCCCAGCACCACAAGGAAAGAGGAUGCCAACACCGGCCAGGAAGAUGUGAAGAGCAGCAAAGAGGAACCUGCAGAGGUGGAGGCCAGAGAGAGGUUGGCUAUAAGCACCUUCACCAGAAUGAACACCAACUCCUCCGAUGAGUUCUUCCAGGCCACAAACCAUGCAGAACAGACUUUCCGCAAGAUGGAGACCUACCUCCAGCACAAGCAGCUAUGUGAUGUCCUCUUGAUAGCAGGCGAUCACAAGAUACCAGCUCACAGACUGGUCCUGAGCGCGGUGUCCGACUACUUUGCUGCCAUGUUCACCAGCGACGUGAGAGAGGCAAAGCAGGAGGAGAUCAAGAUGGAGGGAGUCGAUCCGGAGGCGCUCAGAUCUCUUGUUCAUUUCGCCUACACUGGCGUCCUUGAGCUCAAAGAGGACACCAUUGAGAGUUUAUUAGCGGCAGCUUGUCUCCUCCAGCUUCCACAAGUCAUCCAGGUCUGCUGCAACUUCCUGAUGAAACAGCUCCAUCCUUCCAACUGCCUGGGCAUACGCUCCUUCGCAGACGCCCAGGGCUGCGUGGAUCUGCUCAACGUGGCUCAUAACUACACCAUGGAACACUUCCUGGAGGUCAUUCAGAACCAGGAGUUCCUUCUUCUCCCCACGGCAGAGAUUGUUAAGCUGCUCUCCAGCGAUGACAUCAACGUCCCCGACGAGGAAACCAUCUUCCAGGCUUUGAUGAUGUGGGUGCGGUAUGAUGUUCAGCAUCGACAACAGGACCUGGGGGUGCUCCUCGCUUUCAUUCGCCUGCCUCUUCUUCCUCCCCAGCUCCUUGCAGAUCUGGAAAACAACAAAAUGUUUUCUGAUGAUCUGGAAUGCCAAAAGCUGCUGAUGGAGGCCAUGAAGUACCAUCUUCUCCCGGAGAGACGUCCCAUGUUUCAGAGCCCAAGAACCAAACCUAGAAAGUCUACUGUGGGUGCACUUUAUGCUGUAGGCGGGAUGGAUGCUACCAAAGGAGCCACCACCAUUGAGAAGUACGACCUGCGGACCAACACGUGGGUCCAGGUUGGAGUCAUGAACGGGCGGCGGCUGCAGUUUGGCGUGGCGGUCAUUGACAACAAGCUGUAUGUGGUCGGAGGGAGGGAUGGACUGAAGACGUCCAACAUGGUGGAGUGUUACAAUCCAAUCAAUAAAGUAUGGUCCACCAUGCCCCCAAUGUCAACACACAGACAUGGACUUGGCAUUGCAGUCCUGGAGGGUCCUAUGUAUGCAGUGGGCGGUCACGAUGGCUGGAGCUAUCUCAACACGGUGGAACGAUGGGACCCGCAGGCCAGACAGUGGAACUACGUGGCCAGCAUGUCGACACCACGCAGCACCAUGGGAGUCACUGCUCUCAAUGGAAAAUUGUUUGCAGUAGGGGGAAGAGACGGCAGCUCGUGUCUGAGGUCAAUGGAGUGCUUCGAUCCGCACACCAACAAGUGGAGCAUGUGUGCUCCUAUGGCCAAGAGGCGAGGGGGAGUGGGUGUGGCAACGUACAACAACUUCCUGUAUGCUGUAGGCGGACACGACGCCCCCGCCUCCAACCACUGUUCUAGACUCUCCGAUUGUGUGGAGAGGUAUGACCCAAAGACGGACACGUGGACCACUGUGUCCUCCCUCAGUGUUCCGCGGGAUGCGGUGGGCGUCUGCCUGUUGGGUGACAGGCUUUAUGCCGUGGGUGGAUAUGAUGGCCAGUCCUAUCUAAACACUGUCGAGUCCUAUGAUGCACAGAACAACGAGUGGACCGAGGAGGUCCCUCUCAACAUUGGCAGGGCAGGCGCCUGCGUGGUGGUGGUGGUGGUGAAAUUGCCUUGAGCGUUUUGUCUCACGACAGCACGGGAAACAAAUGAGAGAGCGGCGCAGAAGAGUGGACUAGCAAAACAACAGAUCAAGGACACAUCCUUCGAGAGUUCUGCUUUCAUUUCAUUCUCCCUUAACUCAGCUCUCCAGAUUUUUCAGAGGGAAGCGCAGACAGAGCCUUGCCCAUAAACCAUUGUUUCUAUCAUUAGUGGACAUGUCUGCCCAUGGGGAGAGGACUGCACAUUCUCCACAUUCUCAACCGAUCAAGAAUUUUCAUAGACUUGGCUUGGCUGUAGCAAGAAGCCAAGCCUCUGUUGUUCUGGUUUGUUGAACUAGUUUUAUGAAGUUCUGUGUACGUCUGUGACAUUUAAUGUGAAAGUUACAUUUUGAGAAAAUAAGCCUUGAACUUAUUUUACAUCUACACAGAGACUUUUCUUAUCAGUGACAUCACAAUAUAGUCUCUAUUUUUGGGUUUGUAUUUCACUUUUUAGCCACACAAUUGAAACAUAAAUGUAACUUAUGUACCAGUGUUGUUCCUUAGUGCGUGGUCCGAACACAUUCUUACUCUUUACGGGAGAAGACCACUGUGAACACUGAGGGUCUAUGUUUGUCAGGCUCGUUUGAAGAACAGGGGAAACAACAGAUUCUGAAUAAUAGAUUUGGAUGUUUCCUUGACUUCUUUUUUAUGGAGCCUGUAGCUACAGAACACCAAAGUCAUUUGCUUUUCUUAGAAGUCUUGUUACGCAUUCAAUACAAGUUUACAAAAUUGUGAAUUACAGAAAAUAUAUCAUAUUGAUAUUUUACAUUGCUGUACAGAUUUCUGAUGAACUUUCUGAAUAUGUGUUGAUAGAAUCAUGCCUAAACCAGUGCGCUCUGGUGACUACAGUUAUUAUUAUUAUUAUUAUUAUUAUUAUUAUUCUGUCUUGAUUACUGGGCAUGCUAGCUGAUUUGAUUUAUACAACAUUACAUAUCAAGAUCACUGUCUGUAUUUCUAAUGAUGGGAUGCCUUUGGGGUCAUGGAGAUGAUCUUGUAAUAAAAAAAACAAACAUUGGAAUAAUCUGCAGGCAUCAAAAAUCUCUUCACUAACGUGACUUUGAUUACAAUUUUUAGAUUUAUAGUUGGUUCUGCUAAUUAAAUUAUAAAAGAAUGACUCACUUGAUCUCAAUAAGAAUAAUUUGUAUCUGUAAUAAAAACACGUCUUGAGGCAAAGUGUUACUUUCUAUGCUUUUAUCAUAAUUUUGUACAGCAUGCAAACCUAUCAAUAAAAUGACCUCAGUCUUCUCUGCAUGUUCAAUUCCAUGUUUUGAGCUGAAUGUGGCCCCUCAGCGGGCAGGUUUUUUUAUUUCUAUUGUUCUGCUUUCAGUAAACUAAACGGAUUCUUUGACCAAACAGAGUUUGAAGCUACUUUGAUGUCAGCAUUAACCUCAGCUUUCUCCUUGUUGCAGCACCGGCUUUUCAAAUCAAGCAAGCAUGUUUGCUGAUAUCAUUCUCUCAUCACCAGCCUGAAGACCAACUGCUAGUACUUGGAUUUGUUUUUCUCAUUGUUUACCCUCCAAAAGUUGUAGAGGCCCUCCACCCUUACCCUCCCCUCGCUUGUUUGGAUGGCUUUGAACGUUCUUUGCAUACAAAACACUUGCUAUGUGUUCAAGCAAAGGUUUUAUUCUAAAACUUGUUGGUCUGUCAGAAUGCUCAACAUAUUUGG